GUGGUGAAGGAACAAAUACGAGCCCCGGUGAGGCUAUCAAAGCUUUGGUUUCCCACCACCCUUGGCUCUCUCUCCCCCCCUCCUCAAGCACGAACAAGAAACUAGAGGAAAGGGUUUUCUUAGUGAGAUCUAGGGUUUGGAUAAAAUUCGGAGGGACAUUGAUCCGUUGUGUUGUCGGAGGAAAAGAAGGAGGUAAGCAUGGAUUCGGUCCCUUCGAAUUCCCAUGGAAACCUUGAUGAGCAGAUUUCUCAGCUUAUGCAGUGCAAACCCUUGUCUGAGCAAGAGGUGAGGGUCUUGUGUGAUAAGGCAAAGGAGAUUUUGAUGGUAGAGAGCAAUGUUCAGCCUGUAAAAAGUCCUGUUACAAUUUGUGGUGAUAUUCAUGGGCAAUUCCAUGAUCUUGCUGAGCUUUUUCGCAUUGGAGGCAAGUGUCCAGAUACAAAUUACUUGUUUAUGGGAGAUUAUGUUGAUCGUGGCUAUUAUUCAGUUGAAACCGUAACACUUUUGGUUGCUCUCAAAGUGCGCUAUCCUCUACGCAUUACUAUUCUCAGGGGAAAUCAUGAAAGUCGUCAGAUUACUCAAGUUUAUGGGUUUUACGAUGAGUGCCUACGAAAGUAUGGUAAUGCCAAUGUUUGGAAGAUCUUUACAGAUUUAUUUGACUACUUCCCCUUGACAGCAUUGGUUGAAUCUGAAAUAUUUUGUCUUCAUGGUGGGUUGUCCCCAUCAAUUGAAACCCUUGACAACAUUCGUAAUUUUGAUCGGGUACAAGAAGUUCCUCAUGAAGGACCCAUGUGUGAUCUUCUGUGGUCUGAUCCCGAUGAUCGCUGUGGUUGGGGUAUCUCUCCUAGAGGUGCAGGAUAUACCUUUGGCCAGGACAUAUCUGAGCAGUUCAACCACACCAAUAACUUGAAGCUUAUCGCUAGAGCUCACCAGCUGGUUAUGGAAGGAUAUAACUGGGGUCAUGAUCAAAAGGUGGUUACCAUAUUUAGUGCACCUAAUUACUGUUACCGCUGUGGGAAUAUGGCAUCUAUCCUUGAAGUUGACGACUGCAAGGGACACACAUUCAUUCAGUUUGAGCCAGCGCCAAGGAGGGGAGAGCCAGAUGUGACCAGGAGAACACCUGAUUACUUCCUAUGAUGAUACUCUGGUUGAGCUGCUGUUACCAGCGACUCGUGGCCCCUCACUUCCCUGCAAGCACAUUGACUCUCUGAAAUCAGAGGUCAUGCGUCAAAUUUGAUCCCUACAGUUUUGAUAUGUUAGUGGUUUAGAGGCAUUGCAGGAUUUGUUAUUUACUUGAAUUAUACUUGGAUCUUUCCAAGAGGAGGUAGAGGAGCAACAGGUGAUGCUAUUAUCAGCAUUCAUACCAUUCCAGCAAGCCAUGUAUCUUUAUCAUUUUUUUUUUCCCUUUUCCCAUUUUUUUCAGUUGUUUCUUUCCUCAAAUUUAGAAGGAUUAUUUUUCAGGGGAUGGAUUUCUGUAGAUGGAUGAUGCUCUAACAGUUCCUUUAAUGGUGCUUUAUAAUUUUUCCCUCUCGAUUUGUGAGAACACGUUCUAGUAGGUAUCUUUUAUCUCUUAA